ACUUUAUUCACCCAGCCCGCAGGAAGCAGCCGCUGCCCUUGUGGAUGCUGUUAGCUGUCAGACUAGCGAACAGCCAGUGUGUGGAGAAUAACAGCAAGAUUGUGGCUUUUUCUCUAGAAUUGUUUUAAAGUUCACCUCCGCGCGUUUCUAUUCGAGCGAGCUGGUAACACCGCGUGUGUCUCCAUGGCAGCCAAGAUUCUGCCCGUAGUCAAGCUUGCCACCAAAGUAGGCAUCGCUGGAGGAGCUGUCUAUGUGGCGUAUGACUCUGGACUUCUUGGAGGCAGUGACGAGGGCUCUGUAGCCCUGAGCAAGGCUAAAGCGGCUAUUCCACCCGCUGUCGAAGAAUGGACGAAGUACUUCGGCUUUGAACUUCCUGCAGCACCUAAAAUUGAGUUCUCCCCAGUUGAUGCAUGGAACUCAGGAGUGCGGAAAUCUAUCCAUGCCCUUUCAGUUGCUCCAACUGCAGCGUGUGACUACACGAGCCAAGGCUUUGAGUAUCUGAAAGGCCUGGCCAAAUGAACUUAUUUUUUCUUGCUCUGCUGUUCGCUUCACAUGGAUAUACUUCCCCACAUGUACAGGCUCACUGACGGGAAAGGUACACUCAAAGCACAGACUGAAGAACUGUCUAAAUCUGUAGGAAGCUCAUGUGGUUCUGCGCUUGUGUUAAAGGUGUAAAAAAAGAUGCUUGAUCUGAAGGUAUUUGGUGUCAAGUAAAAUAAAUAAAUGUACAAAGAUGAAGGGAU